CUAGUAUUUUGGCCCGGGCGACUCGCCAUCGCCGUGCGGAGGCGUUCGCUAGUUGCAGUGAUGGCGACUGGAACGCCAGAUUCUCAAGCGCGGUUCGGUCAGUCAGUGAAGGGGCUUCUCACAGAGAAGGUGACCACCUGUGGUACUGACGUAAUCGCGCUCACCAAGCAGGUGCUGAAGGGCUCCCGGAGCUCUGAGCUGCUAGGUCAGGCAGCUCGAAACAUGGUACUACAGGAAGAUGCCAUCUUGCACUCAGAAGAUAGUUUAAGGAAGAUGGCAAUCAUAACAACACAUCUUCAAUACCAGCAAGAAGCUAUUCAGAAGAAUGUUGAACAGUCAUCAGAUCUACAGGACCAGUUGAAUCAUCUGUUGAAAUAGAAUGACAUGUAAGAGUGCUGUAGCACUCCUUUGCCUAAUGCCGAGGAGUAAAUACCUUCACAACCUUGUGCUCUGGGUUUGGUUUUCUAUUUUCUUCUCCAAAGUUUAGUUAGAAAAGUUUUGUGUUGAUGUACAGUUUCUCCUAAAAAGAAGCGAGGUGGUUGAAUUUUGGAAGUACUUCUUGAAUUGGGCUAACCCAUGCUCUUAUUGAAUUUUUUCAGCUGCUUUGUUUAGUUUGAUAUUAAAGCAAAAUUAAAAGAGUUUUCCCAUAGAACUUUUAAUAUGUCAAAAGCUAUAUUGUCAGGCCAGGCACGGUGGCUCACGCCUCUAAUCCCAGCACUUUGGGAGGCCGAGGCGAACAGAUCACAAGGUCAGGAGUUCAAGAUCAGCCUGACCAUUAUGGCGAAAUCCCGUCUCAACUAAAAAAAAAAAAAAGGCUGUAUUGUCUACAUUGCAGUACUUAAGGAAAUAUUGAGUAAUGUUUUAAAGUCAGAAAUAGAGCUUCUAUUAUAAACACAAGAAUGAUUUUUUUUCUCUUAUUCAUUAAGGAAAUAUCUUAAUUUCAUGGUCAUAUAAUGGUGAUAAGUAAUACCUGAUUGUUUCCUUUUCUGUUCUAGUAACUCAGAGGUUUUAUUUGUGAUAGCAAAUUCCUAAAUGAACAUUAGGCAAAUGGUAUCACUGUCAGGCCAGCUGCCGCCGCUUGCCUUGACCUGCAUUCCUAGGAUUUCUUUGUUGCUGUAAUUCUUGAUUAAGUGACCUUGGCUUUCAUUUUGUAAUUUUUCUAAUCAUCAGCACAUUCACUUGUAUGACGUUACUGCCAAAUAUGAAGGUAGUUGAAUUAUUAUGAGUGAUUGCAGCAUAGGGUUGUGCCAUGGUGAAGACUUUGAUGUUUAUCUGUGUUCAUUGGAUCUAUCUUUUAAAAUGACAUUACCAUGAAUCUGUUGUCAAACUUGAAUAUCUUUGUUUGAAUUUAAAAUGGGACUGUAUAUUGUUCUAGUUAGGUCUUCAUUUACUGAGGGAUUGAGAGAAAUCUGACAUAGAAAAUGCUGUUUUCACUGCAAAAACAAAGAGGAAGUAACAGUGAAUCCAAUGUAGUUCAUGUUGUUAUUGUCCAAUCAUCAAGUUGACUAAGCAUAUCAAAUUACAUUUAGUUCUCAUACAUAUGGAUAUUAACUUAAGGUUAAAAAGCUAGAUAUGAAGGAUCUGAAAAGGCAUUAAUUUAUGUAUUAAUUCUAUGAACAUGUAUUAAUAAUUACAGUAUUGUUAAACACAGAUUGACUCAAUUUACCUUUGAAAAGAAAGACCACUCAUUUAGUAAACAAAGCUAAGUCCAGUCAUUGCAAGAAGCAAAGAAGUACUUAAGUUGGAAAAAAAUUAAAAUGAAGGGAUGCUCUAAGUUUUCUUCAUGCUGGAACAAAUAUUAAAGAAGUGAUUGCCUACAUUGUAUGUGAUAAAAUAUUAAUACCUUUCACAAACUUUUAAUAGUAAAUAUAAGAUAAAAUUUACAUUAAAUAAUGAAAAC